AUGGCGAUGACACUGGUCGUGCUGCUGUUGCUACUGCCAGUAACUCGAGUCUCAGCUCAGGAGCAGCAGCAGCAGCAGCAGACGCCGCCGGAACAUGUUGUGCAGCCGGGCUGCCGUGACAAGUGCGGCAACAUCACCAUUACCUACCCCUUUGGCAUCGGCGCGGGUUGCUUCCGCGACGAUGGCCGAGGUGGCUUCCAGCUUUUGUGUGACGACUCCUUACCAGUCCCACGGCUCACCGUAGCUGACUACGGCAUCCAGAUCACCAGCUUAUCCAUUAGCACCGGCGAGGCCCAUGCCUCCCUCAACGCGACUCGCCGCUGCUAUAACAGCAAGGGGAGCGUCAUCAGCCAAGGCGGCCCGGUAGCUGUACCACUCGUUGGGACCAACCUCCUCUUCUCGGACACCAAGAACCGCCUCGUCGUGCUCGGCUGCCCCAACCUCGGCUACUUCAACGGCAUUGACGGCUACUACGUCAGUGGCUGCAUGGCCGUGUGCCGGCCACGGAAAUCCACUGCAUCAGGAUCCUGCACAGGUGUCGGCUGCUGCCAGAGCAUGAUACCCCCUGCUGUCGACUACUAUCAGCCGUACCUGCUCGACAUCCCAAAGAGCAAGGGAGACCUGAUCAUCUAUGUAAACAGUGUGACCUGCCGGUAUGUGUUCUUGGUGGAGGCGACGUGGUUACAUACCAACUACACCAGCAAGAACCACAACAAGACCGACGACUUCGCCGUGCCUGUCGUGCUCGACUGGGCUGUCCGGAACGUGGAAAACUGCAGAGGCGCUAGGAAGAAUGCAACCACAUAUGCAUGCCGGAGCACGCUCAGCAAGUGCAUCAACUCCAAAAACGGCGCUGGGUACCGUUGCGGCUGCUCCAAGGGAUAUGAGGGCAACCCCUAUUUAUACGAUGGAUGCAAAGACGUCAAUGAGUGUGAGCAGAAAGGAAAACACGCAUGCUACGGGGUCUGCACAAAUACGCCCGGAAGCUACACUUGCCAAUGCCCUCCUGGGACUAGUGGAGAUGCCACCGUGAAGAAUGGUUGCCAGCCAAAGGACAGUUUCACUUUAGCCGUGAAAGUGGUUACAGGAAUCAGCCUUGGAGUGCUCUUGCCAUUUUUCAUGUGCUUCUGGCUCUACUUGGGACUCCAGAAGAGGAAGCUUAUCAGAACAAAGCAGAAGUUCUUCGAGCUAAAUGGAGGCCUCUUCCUGCAGCAGCAAAUACAUAACUACAAUGGCAAUAGCAAAGGCACUGGUGGGUUCAAGAUCUUUUCCAAGGAAGAGCUGGAGAAAGCGACCAAAAACUUUGCAGCCGACCGUGUUCUCGGCCAUGGAGGACACGGCAUUGUCUACAAGGGUGUCCUUGAGGACAAGACAGUGGUGGCGAUCAAGAAGUCAAAGAUGAUGGAAGAGGCCCAGACCAAAGAAUUCGCGAGGGAGAUGUUCAUCCUCUCCCAGAUCAACCACAGGAAUGUCGUCAAGCUGCUCGGAUGCUGUCUCGAAGCAGAAGUGCCCAUGUUGGUCUACGAGUUCGUCUCAAAUGGCACCCUCGACCAAUACAUCCAUGGUGGCAAGGGCAUCAACUCCGACAGAGCUUUUGGCACCUGUCUUCGGGUAGCAGUAGAGUCAGCCGAGGCAUUGGCGUACAUGCACUCUUCGGCCUCGCCGCCAAUCAUUCAUGGAGACGUCAAGACAGCAAACAUUUUGUUGGAUGACAAGCUCACAGCAAAAGUUUCAGAUUUUGGAGCAUCAAAAUUGGCACCGACUGAUGAGGCCACGAUUGCAACGCUGGUGCAAGGAACUUGUGGUUACCUUGAUCCGGAAUACCUAAUAACAUGCUUGCUGACUGACAAGAGUGAUGUGUACAGCUUUGGCGUCGUCCUAUUGGAGCUUCUGACAAGGAAGAAGGCAUUGUACUUGGACGGGUCGGCAAAAGAUAGAAGCCUUGUUUUAUGCUUCAUGACGGCAGCGAAGGUAGGUCAGCACCAAGAGCUUCUGGACAGACAAGUGAGGGAUGAGAUGAGAAUCGAAGUGCUCGAAGAGAUCACGCACCUCGUGAUAAGAUGCUUGAACAUGAGUGGGGAGGAACGGCCGACGAUGAAGGAGGUUGCGGAGAGGCUGGAGAUGCUGAGGAGAUACCAGCACCAUCCGUGGGCUCAAGCGGAUGGGAAUCCGGAGGAGCGGAGCUUGCUUGUUAUGAACCAACAGAAUGUGAAUUACAAGUUCACGCAGGAUUACAUCCUUGAUUUUUGA